UGUGGUAACACUGUUCUUUUCCGCACGUGCUGGUUCUAAAGCCGCCUUCAUACUCUUUGGUAUUGUUAAUACGUUGGUUUCUAUUUAUUUAAUAUGGAAAACACAGAAAGUAAAGCAAAUGAUUCGAGCUCUGAUGAGGAAGCAUUCGAAGAUAUUGAGGAUGAUGAAGAAAUUGACGAAGACGAAGGAGAGCCAACAACUUGUUUGUUUUGCACUCAAGUUUUUGCCAGUAUUGAUCCGGCGAUCGAGCAUUUAAAUGUCGACCACAAUGUUAACUUGUCGCAGCUGAAGCACAAAUUCCAAAUGGAUCAGUAUGCAUUUAUUAAGUUAAUAAAUUUCAUACGUGGAAAUCGAAUAACUGCAGAGCAACUGCUACUAACCAAACAACCAGAAUGGAAUGACGAAAAAUAUUUAAAACCCAUUCAGUACGAGCCAUGGCUGUGCUAUGACUACGAUGCUAUUAAAACAGAUGUUCCAAACGCAGGUGCCAGCGUAGCGGAUCUGAUGCAACGCAUUGCCGAACAAGGCAAAUUGCUGCAGCAAGCCAGCCAGGAUAUGGAACGCAUGCGCAACGACUACAAAGAUCUUCUACAGAAGGUGCACGGUGAUGCAAAAGAGCACCCAGCUACCAAGAAUGGAAUAGUGCGGAAUGCUCCAACGCUCGAUAAAGAAUAUUUCAAUAGCUACUCACACUUUGGCAUACAUCAUGAAAUGCUUAGCGAUACGGUGCGUACUAGCAGCUAUCGCUCAGCCCUAAUGGAAAAUCAGACAUAUUUGAAUGGAAAGUCAGUUUUGGAUGUGGGCUGUGGCACUGGAAUACUUUCGAUAUUUGCAUCUCAAGCUGGCGCUAAAAACGUUGUUGGCAUUGACAAUUCGGAGAUAGUCUAUACGGCUAUGGAUAUAGUCAGAAAAAACAAUGUAAAAAACGUGAAGCUCGUUAAGGGUCGUUUGGAGGAUACUGAAUUGCCCGAGGCCAAAUACGAUGUCAUCAUAUCUGAAUGGAUGGGAUAUUUUCUGCUCUACGAAGCAAUGCUGGACACAAUCAUCUAUGCACGCGAAAAUCUCUUGAAUCCCAAUGGGAAAAUUCUACCCAAUCGCUGUUCACUCCAUUUGGUGGGCAUAAAUGAGACGCUGCACAAGCAUCACGUAGAAUUUUGGUCGGAUGUCUAUGGAGUAGAUAUGAGUGACUUGCGCAAGCGUAGCAUAGAGGAGCCGCUAAUGGAAGUGGUCAAUCCAGAACACAUACUAACCGAAAGCGAACAAAUAGCCAACUUUGAUAUGAUGACAGUCGAUUUGAACUAUUCAAAUUUUACACAUGAAUUUCAUUUGAAAUGCACGCAAACGGGCAAAUUAGCCGCGUUUGUGGGAUACUUUGACACGUUCUUUGACUUGGAUAAACAAAUAAUGUUCAGCACAUCGCCAACCGAGACGCCCACCCACUGGAAGCAGACAGUCUUCUUCAUGGACCAGCCACAAACUGUGCAAAAGGAUCAGGUUAUAAGUGGGAAGAUUAUGUCGAGACGACAUCAAGGAGAUGCUCGUGCUCUGCGUGUGGAUAUUGAAGCGUUUGGCAGACUGUUCAAAUACACAGUCGAUUGAUUAGUU